GUGGACCGUUGCCGAAGAGGUUCUUUGCGAUCCGCGACAAAACCCCUGGUGCCGAAACGGAACUGGGCAAAGCGCUCACGCUGGAGAAACAGCGGGCGAAAACAUUAGGUCUGAAGCACACACAGAGGAUGGCAGCUAUUCGAGAGAAGAUUCGUCAUGGUUUUACGAAACUUGCCGUGUAUGACGCGACGGCCAAUGGAGAACGCCAUAUCGUAAUGCAGGAACAGAUCAAGGAAGAGGAGAAGCGUCGUCAAAAGGCAAAUAAACAGAGGCAGGCUGAAUUGAGGUUAUGGGCAAAGUGGUUUCGGUCUAUAGCUGUAGAUACUUCGGCUUACUCGUCAAGUAAGGUGUUCUGGUCGUCUUUCACAAUUUAGGAAAAUAAGUAAAAGAUCAUAGGAGUAUGUGCAAGACCAAGUAACUUUUUCUAACCUCUGCCAGCGACCCAACAAAAGCCUCGAAAGAAGCACCAGAAUCAGAUUCGACCGACACCGAUGUGGAACAGCGUAUCGCUUUGCUUGGCGCAAAUGCUGUACCCGCUGCUCCAUCUGCAGGCCUUAUGUCAGCGAUUCGUGGAGUAUCCGAUAUCGAAAUCACCACUGGUGGCGAGGAUGACAGCAUAAUUCCAGUAAGACAAGCUACUUCGCACGUUGCAAAGGUCGGCUCCGUAGUAUCUUCAUCCAACAUCAAGAAUACAUCAACGACCGCUAUUGCUCCACAAGCAUCUUCUCCAGAAAAGAAAACUACUGCAGCUCGACCGGCUGCCGACAGUCGAGGCGACGACCAAAUGGCUAAGUGGAUAUCGGAAUUCACGAAGCUGCCACGCCGGAUCAUGAUGCUAUUGGAGGCGGAGAAGGAGGCGAGACAGGCAGUGGCUGACCGGGAUCGGGAAGAGCAGACGCGCGAACGUGAACGACGAAAGAAGAUGCAGUCGAACGAUGUGGCGUUGGAUUGGUACAACAUUUUUUUUUUUUGUAUCGGGUCCAUAUACGAGGUGCACGUUGGUACUGAAAUCUACUCAUCGACCACUCGAAGUCGUUAUGUUGGUUUGCUUGUUGUUGACUUUCGUGUCUGCUCGAUUGCUUGUUUGGACCUUGACUCGGGCCUGGCCUAUUUGGUUUGGUGCCUUUCGGUUUGCUUCUCAUACUUUUGUAUUGUGCUUUCGUCGUUCUUGUGUUCUGAUCGGUCUUUUAUAUGUCACCUCCGCGUCUGUUCCUUACUCCCUGGUCCUCUGCAGUCGAACGAUGUGGCGUUGGAUUGGUACAACAUUUUUUUUUUCUUUGAUUUACCAAUCCAACGCCACCUUGAAGGUCGUCAACUUAGAAGUCCAUCAUCCUCCACCUCCUACCCCCUACAUCAACAAUAAACACAACAGGUUCGAUUACGUUGCACAGAGUAACAAGAGUCCUACCGUACUGCUGCGCAGGCCAGUGUACGAAGUUGCGACAGGAGGCACUAGUACGGACGCUGUGCAGAGGGAGUUUGACAGACAAAAGCAAGACUUCCAAGACACUCGUGCCGCACUCCGCAAAGCUUUGUUUGCGUCUAGUGAUCCCAGUGAACGACGCUUCGCAGUGAAAGUACUGGAGUCGGUCAUCCCAGUAGACUUAGGCCCUGCCGAAUUGCAGCAGGUCAUCUACGCACAGCGCAGAUCCUUAGCUGCUUUCGAACGCCGUACCUGGAAUUUGAAGCGCGACUUGGGACGUCAGACCUUCGAGUUGAACCGCUUGAAAAAACGAUUCUCAAAAAUCUCGAACCCAUUUGAGGAAGAUGGCGGCGAUGAAGGAGGCUUCAACAACAGCGAGGACAAGCCAGUCGCCGUCAUGAACACAGACACAGGGUUGCGUCAGGAAUUGGACGUUUCUCGGGAUGAAGACAGCGACGACGAGGACGAAGACAAAGUCGAAACCAUCUAUGAGCAGUUCAAGCAGAACUUCUAUGCCGGUGAGUGGGGCGACGCUCUACGCAACGUGAAGGAAGUUUCGAGGCAGAAACUUGUGGUGCCGAAACAGGACUGGAAGACGAAGAAAGUGAAGGAACUGUCGCGGGCUUUGAAGGUAGACCGGUUUACGAUGCUGGUGAUGUGGGACAUGUUCGAAGAAGUGGAUGAAGAUGGAUCCGGCCUGAUCGAACUGGGCGAAUUCCAUCAGAUGCUGAAAAAAAUCUACCGCGAUAAUUCGCUGGAUUUGAAAGUUAUGAUGCUAGUAAACCCGAGUAGUUGCUAGUACUUCGAAGAACAAUCCACUAAGGAGAUGAUUCCGAGCUGAUCGUUUCUACUUAUCUUGCAGAUCAAGCACAUCAACAUUCUGCUUUCUAUAAUGGGUGUACGUAUCUUAGAUACGAAGAGCCUCUUGUAAAAAUCUACCGCGAUAACUCACUCGAUUGGAAAGUUAUGAUGAGGACUUGAAAGUCUUGUAACCCAAGAAACCCAGCAAAGUAUCCCCACACAAGAACCCCCCUCUAACAUCAUCGCAGAAAACCUAUUCCGAAAUUUCGCACCUCAGGGAAGCAUGAACGUUAUCGACUUUUUCAACUUCGCGAAGUACAAUGGCCUAAUGGCCACAGACAAGAAGGCGAAAAUGGACAAUAAGGCAAAGGAUGCUGCUGCGAAGAAGAAGUAAGUCUGUAAGUCGGAAAGUGAAGUAAGAGUAAGUGGCACCUAGUAGGGUUGAGGACUUCUUGAAAGUAGUUAGGUAAGCUGUAAGUAUAAAGAUAUCUAGAAAAAUCUCCAUCAUCAUCAAUGUAUUCGAAAUAUUGCUUGACUCAUAUCAGUUCAUAAUAUACAUCUCCUACUCAGGAAUACUUGAUAAUUGGAAGAGAUAACUAUGCAACUAUAUCAAAAACUAUCGCAAGACCACAUAUCGUCAGCAUAAUAGUAAUUUUACUAAAAAUAGAUGAAAUAUCUCAUCACGUAAACAUCACAUUGCUUUUCUCCAGAAUACAGAACGACUGACUCAAUAGGCAAAUAGAUACUACUAAGCAUUCUUCCUGUAACUAAGAUUAAUUGUCAACAUACUUCUACAAAGUAAAAGAUAGCAAAUUCAAACUCGGAACUACAGAAUAAGAAUAUUCAAAGUUAUCGGAUCUAAGAUCAGCAAAAUACGUACUAGUACAUCCAAGAUCUAUUUUGAAAGGUCGAAAUCGUUACAGCCAGUAAAUGAACAGAACAUCAAAUUCUUUCAUAGUGUAGAGUAUACCAUUGCUCUUGGGGGUUUCCUCUCUGAUUGUCGUGAAUAGAUUCUAUCAAUAUCCAAAGCCUUAAAUUGUACAAAUCAUCGUUUACUUGGCAAGUAGUCGUUCUCUGGGGGAUAGGACUAAGAGUACCUCUACCUCGAUGAUCGACCUAUAAUUGAUGGAAAAAUCUCCUUUCAUGUUUCCUCGUAUGGAGAAAGCGAGACCGUGGCUGCGGCGGCGAACCCAUGAAUAAUGAAUCAUGAGACCAUCGGGUUUUAU